AUGCUUCUCCAAUCCGCCCUCGUCGCGCUCGGCGCAACUCUCGCUGCCGCCGUGCAGCCCAUGGAGGUCGAAGGCAACUACUUUGUCAACCCCUCGACCGGCAAUCGCUUCCAGAUCGUCGGUGUCGCCUACCAGCCCGGUGGCUCUGCCGGAUACAAGCCUGAGGAGGGCAAGGACCCCCUCAGCAACGGAGAUAUCUGCAUGCGUGAUGCUGCGCUGAUGCAGAUUCUCGGUAUCAACACUAUUCGUGUCUACAACCUGGACCCUAAUCUGAACCAUGACGAAUGUGCCAGUAUCUUCAAUGCGGCUGGUAUGUAUAUGAUUCUCGAUGUCAACUCCCCGCUCGUUGGAGAGAGCAUCACCACUACCAAUCCCUGGGAGUCCUAUUACGCAGCCUACUUGAACCGCACUUUCGCCGUUGUCGAGGCUUUCAAGAGCUACCCGAACACCCUGGCAUUCUUCUCCGGCAACGAGGUCAUCUUCAAUGUUGCUGCUGGAGCAACCGUCCCUCCGUACAUGCGUGCCGUGACUCGAGAUCUCAAGAACUACAUCAAGAAGCAUAGCGACCGUACAAUCCCUGUCGGAUACUCUGCCGCCGAUGUUCGUGACAUUCUUUUCGACUCGUGGGAGUACCUCCAGUGCGCCGAGGAUGGUGAUGCCGAUGAUAUGAGCCGUGGCGAUCUCUUUGCCCUGAACAGCUACUCCUGGUGUGGAGAUAGUUCCUUCACAACCAGCAGCUAUGACGACCUGGUCUCCGGCUUCGAGGGCUCAUCGCUUCCUAUCUUCUUCUCUGAAUACGGCUGCAACGAGCCUACUCCUCGUGUCUUCACCGAGGUCCCCGUUAUCUACGGAAGCCAGAUGAACGGGGUGCUCUCCGGAGGUAUCGUCUACGAGUACGCCCAGGAGGAGAACAACUACGGUCUGGCCGAUCUCCACGAUGACGAUGACAACAGCGUCGACCUGCUAGCCGACUUCCUGACUCUGCAGAAGCAGUAUGCCAAGCUCGACUGGACCGAAGUCCAGGGCGCCAAGCCUCCCAGCGGCGCCAGCCCGAAACCUCCCACGUGCUCUGCCUCCUUGAUCAAGAGCAAGACCUUCACCACGAACUUCACCGUACCGGCCCUGCCACCUGGCGCCCAGGAGAUCAUCGACAAGGGUGUCAGCCCCAAGCCCGUCGGCAAAAUCAUCUCCAUCAGCGACUACACGGUCAAGUACGAGGUUCGCAACCCCAAUGGCACUAUCCUGUCCGACCUCGCCGUCAAGCCCCUCGCGGACGACGAGAUCAACGCGCCAGGCUCGAACACCGCGACGGCUACUGGCUCAGCAACACGCACCGGCACUGCCUCCACCUCUUCCUCGACCAGCAGCAACGAUGCUGCUCCGGGCCGCAUGCCUACGUCGUUCGGCCUGCCAAUCGCAGUCAUUGCCACUGUUCUGCUCGGCAACGUCGCGGGCUUCCUCGUUCUGUUCCAGUAA